AUGCUCCGCGGCCAGACACUCCCCUGGAGAGCUGCGCUCCACCAAACGCCUCGAGCUCUCCUCCGACGGCCCUUUCUUGCGUCUCCAAGAUACAAUGCCACCUUCCGAUCUACACUACGCUCGGCUCGGCUUGGUAAUUCCAUUCCCUCGUCCUCCCGCGCCUUCUCUGUAAGCUCCAUCCGACGAAGAGAGAAACCCCCACCAGAGGACCCAAAAGACGAGUCGGAAGCGAAGGAAGAGAAGGAGAGCGGCCAGGAUGAUAAGGACACAGAACGGGCACCUGAGUCCCGGAGGAAGGUAGCCGACUCGGGCAAGAAUGUUCCUUCCACAGACCAGCCCUCCACGCGGAGAAAAGACCGAUCAUCUGAUAAGGAGCAACGCGGAGUAGAAGAGGAGGGCAAAAAAGAUGCCAAUUCAGCGGAUGGAAAGGGAAAUAACACACCAUCACCUAUCCCGCCAAGCGAUAGCUCGACCGACUCGAAACCCAGCGGUGCAAGCAGCGGCGGUAACAGCGGUAAUGACGAUGGCGGGAAGAAGGGUAAGAAGGCAUCUGGGGAUAAGGCUCUCCAAAAGCCGGCAGUUCCAGAUGUUUACCCUCAGGUGAUGGCAAUCCCCAUCGCCAAGCGCCCAUUGUUCCCCGGCUUUUAUAAGGCGAUCACUAUUCGCGAUCCUAAUGUCGCCGUCGCGAUCCAGGAUAUGAUGAAGCGGGGUCAACCUUAUGUCGGAGCAUUUUUGUUCAAAGAUGACAACGCCGACGGUGACGUUAUCGAGAACUUGGACGAUGUCUAUGAUACAGGUGUUUUUGCUCAGAUCACCGCUGCAUACCCUCUCCGUGGGGAAGCCAGCGGUGUGACGGCAGUCCUCUACCCCCAUCGCCGUAUCAAGAUAUCAUCACUACUUCCGCCUAGCGAGACCGCCAAGGGCGCUACUCCCCCGCCUCCACCUACUUCCGAAGAGAAGACGACCGAGAAGAAGGGCGAUGUUGUGGCCAGCUUCGAAGAACCCGCCCCCGACGCUGCCCCCAAAGACCACUACGAACCCACCUCUUUCUUGAAGAAACACCCCGUCAGUUUGGUCAAUGUGGAGAACUUGAUUGAAGAACCAUUUGACAAGAAGAAUGCCAUCAUCCGUGCAGUGACGAGUGAAAUUGUCAAUGUAUGCAAAGAAAUUGCGACCUUGAACCCAUUGUUCCGCGACCAAAUCUCGGCAUUCUAUACUGAUCAGUUCCCUGGAAAUCUCAGCGACGAACCGGCUAAAUUAGCUGAUUUCGCUGCCGCGGUUUCUGCGGGUGAGCUGCAUGAGAUGCAAGAAGUCCUUGAGACAAUGAACAUCGAAGAGCGUCUUCCCAAGGCUCUUGUAGUUCUGAAGAAAGAGUUGAUGAAUGCUCAACUGCAAUCUAAGAUAACGAAAGACGUCGAGGCCAAGAUUCAAAAGCGCCAACGCGAGUACUGGUUGAUGGAGCAGAUGAAAGGAAUUAAAAGAGAGCUUGGUAUUGAGUCUGACGGAAAGGACAAAUUGGUCGAGAAGUUCAAGGAGAAGGCAGAGAAGCUUGCCAUGCCGGAGGUUGUAAAGAAGGUCUUCGACGAGGAGAUCAACAAGCUCGCCCAUCUUGAGCCUGCUGCAUCGGAAUUCAAUGUCACUCGUAACUACCUGGACUGGCUGACUCAAAUUCCUUGGGGCCAGAAGAGCGUGGAAAACUUCGGCAUCAAAAAUGCCGUGAGUGUCUUGGAUGAGGAUCACUACGGACUCAAGGAUGUCAAGGAUCGUAUUCUUGAGUUCAUCGCCGUCGGCAAGCUUCGUGGAACCGUUGAAGGAAAGAUUCUUUGCCUUGUUGGACCUCCAGGUGUCGGAAAGACCAGUAUUGGAAAGUCAGUAGCUCGCGCUUUAAACCGACAGUACUACCGCUUCUCUGUCGGUGGUUUGACCGAUGUUGCUGAGAUUAAGGGUCACCGCCGAACCUAUGUUGGUGCCCUGCCUGGCCGUAUCAUUCAAGCCCUCAAGAAGUGCCAGACCGAAAACCCUCUUAUUCUGAUCGAUGAAGUGGACAAGAUUGGCCGUGGACACCAGGGCGAUCCGUCUUCUGCUUUGCUCGAACUUCUCGACCCCGAACAGAACAACUCCUUCUUGGAUCACUACAUGGAUGUUCCCGUGGAUCUUUCCAAGGUUCUGUUCGUCUGUACCGCUAACGUGACCGACACUAUCCCCCGGCCACUGUUGGAUCGUAUGGAGCUCAUCGAGUUGUCUGGCUACGUUGCGGACGAGAAGAUGGCGAUUGCCGAGAGAUACUUGGCUCCCGCUGCUCGUGAGUUGACAGGUUUGAAAGAUGUUGAUGUGAACCUCGAGAAGGAUGCUAUCGAGGAGCUGAUCAAGUCGUACUGCCGCGAGAGCGGUGUCCGUAAUUUGAAGAAGCAAAUCGAGAAGGUGUACCGGAAGGCAGCAUUCAAAAUUGUCCAGGACCUGGGCGAGGAGGUGCUGUCAGAAGAGGCGGCCUUGACUGAUGAGGGCAAGGCCGCUCAGGAGGAGUCCAAGGAACAUGAGCCCGCCGACCCUGCGCACGUUCCGAUAGAACCUGAGAAGUCAACCACAGAGGUUCCUCGACUGGCCCUCAAGGUGCCCGACACUGUGCAUCUUAGCAUUGGUAAGGGAACUCUGAAGGAUUAUGUCGGACCGCCAGUCUUCACGGCCGAUCGUCUGUACGACCAGUUCCCUCCUGGUGUUACCAUGGGUCUUGCAUGGACCAGCAUGGGCGGAGCCGCUUUGUACGUCGAAUGUAUUCUGGAAAACGCAUUGAGUCACAGCUCCCGACCGGGCCUUGAGAUCACUGGAAACCUGCAGAACGUCAUGAAGGAGUCAACUCACAUUGCAUACUCGUUCGCGAAGUCUGUUAUGGCCCGGCAAUUCCCCGAGAACCGCUUCUUCGAAAAGGCGAAGGUUCACCUGCACUGCCCUGAAGGAGCCGUUCCAAAGGAUGGCCCCUCUGCUGGUAUCACUAUGGCCAGUGCCCUUUUGUCUUUGGCUCUCAAUCACUCUCUUGAGCCAACCGUUGCCAUGACCGGUGAACUCACCGUAACUGGCAAGGUUCUGCGCAUUGGAGGGUUAAGGGAGAAAACAGUGGCUGCUCGUCGGGCUGGUGCCACCAAGAUUCUCUUCCCUGCGGACAACACAUCUGACUGGCUAGAGCUCCCUGAGAACAUCAAGCAGGGCAUUGAAGGUCACCCCGUGAACUGGUACUCCGAAGUGUUUGAUAUUCUCUUCCCCAGUCUCGACCAGGAGGCUGCACGUACGAUCUGGCAAAAGGCACUGGCUAAACCUGAAAAGGGUAGCCCGGAAGCUGAUGAGUGA